AAGCAUUCACACGUUAUGGGAAUAUCCUGGAAGACGCUGACAGCGGGAAGAGUCAAACAUAGAGAGGCUGGUGUGCAGAGGCUCAGCUGUCACUUCUCAUGGCCGGAGUUCUGUGAUGAGCGGCGGUGCUUCCACCAGGAGUUUGUGUACGACGUCACCAUGUUUGCCGCCACCUGUGGCUUCGCCUGGCCUGACGUGAUCCGGGCAGCUGCAGUCGCCAGAGGCGUCUUCCCACAGCUGGACGGUCUCGACGUACCCAAACUACUGUCCUUACUGAGAGACGCGCUGUCUGAGAGUUUGCCAAACCUCACCUCUGUCCACCGACAUGAGUUCACCCAGUUCCUCACAGACACCUGCGUCACCCGACAAAGGCUUCUCCAGGCGGCUGUGGGUGGAGCUGCCAACGUGUCCAUCGCUCAGUUACACUUGGAGGUGCAGCUGCCGCCCACGCCCUCUCCUCUGACACAGGGCAUGGAUCUGCACAAGUGGGAGCAGCAGCGUCAUCAAGCCGAGCUCGCCUCAAUGUUGCGACAGAAGGAGGAGCAGCUGCGGAGUCUCCGAGAGGGGUCAAGGGUCACUCUGGAGGAGCUGGAUGUUCCUGAGGGUGAGCAGCUGGACAAAGAGGGCGUUUUGGCGGUGGUUCGUGCAGCGGUGAGGGCCACAGAAGGCCAGAUGUUGGCGAGUCUGAACCAAGAGGCCUCCCUGCUCAGUGACAUCCUGCAGCUCAGACUGCAACUGGGAGCAUCGGCCACCGGAGGGCUCCACAGUGCUGUUCUUCCCAACACAAAUCACAUCGGCUCACAACCACACGACCAGCAAAGGCGAAGAAGCGCACGGCGAACCAGCUCACGGCGAACCAGCAAAAAGAAAAACCAGGACUGAGGGAGUCUGGAAGUGCAGGGCUGGGAGUCAGCUGAGAUGAUGCCCGGAUACCUGAGACAGCGGAAAUCCAGCCCGUACCUGUGGUGGUAGUACUGACAAGGAGAGGGACGCAAAAGCUUCAAAAACACCGGGCUAUACAGGAAUUUGUGGUAAAACA